AUGCCUAAUCCAAUGGCAGGAGACACGAACAGUGACGUCAUUGCCGCAUCCCCAUCUCACGAUGCCGGGGAACUGCAUGGCAUCCUCAAUCCCCAAGCCCAUGGAGCUGAAUCUCCUGUCGAUUCAGACGACCGGCAAAGAAAUCAUGAGCACGAGGACAGCGGCGAGGAUGGAGACAGCCUAUCUUCAGAUGAGGCGGAGACAAUGGGAAGAAGCGAGCGGCCGGGGCUGCGCCGGCGUCGAGACUCGUCUGCCAUGAUCGAAAAUGAAGACAGAACAGAGCUUAUGCGAAUAGCCACGGCUCUCUCGCGAAGACAAUCCGCCGCCACUGCCGGUCCCAGCCGCAUGCAUACCCUUGCCGCCGUCGACGAGAACAAUCCGGCCUUGGACCCACAAAGUGCUCAGUUCGACAUCUCCAAAUGGCUUCAGAACUUCGUCCGAACCCUGCGAGAGGAGGGUGUUACUGCCAAGCAGACGGGAGUUGUGUACAAAAAUCUGAGUGUCUUUGGUUCCGGGUCUGCGUUACAAGUUCAAGGCACUGUUGCCUCUUGGCUGCUGGCACCGCUCCGUCUCGGCGAGGUCUUCAGCUUCGGCAAGAGAGAGCCCAAGCAGAUUCUCCGCAGUUUUGACGGCUUGAUCAAACGUGGAGAGCUUCUCGUAGUUCUGGGACGGCCAGGGUCUGGAUGCAGCACGCUUCUGAAGACCAUCUGCGGAGAAUUGCACGGUCUGACCGUCGGCAAGGACUCGACCGUUCAUUACGAUGGAAUCUCACAGGCGCAGAUGAAGAAGGAGUUUAAGGGCGAGGCCAUCUACAACCAGGAGGUUGACAAGCAUUUCCCUCACCUCACGGUCGGCGAGACACUGGAGUUCGCCGCCUCGGUCCGCACGCCAUCUCAGCGCAUCCACGACAUGUCACGCCGCGAAUAUUGCCAAUACAUUGCCCAGGUUGUCAUGGCUGUAUUUGGCCUAAGCCACACCUACAACACCAAGGUUGGCAACGACUUUGUGCGAGGAGUUUCGGGAGGAGAGAGGAAGCGCGUUAGUAUUGCUGAGAUGGUGCUGUCUGGUUCUCCGUUCUCUGCGUGGGACAACAGUACUCGCGGCCUGGAUUCUGCUACUGCCUUCAAAUUUGUGCAAUCUUUGCGGAUGGCUUCAGACAUGGGCGGUCAAGCCAAUGCAGUGGCCAUCUACCAAGCCAGCCAGGCCAUCUACGACCUGUUCGACAAAGCCGUGGUGCUGUAUGAAGGUCGGCAGAUCUACUUCGGGCCGGCGGGUGCAGCGAAGAGCUACUUUGAGAGACAGGGAUGGUAUUGCCCUCCUCGGCAGACAACUGGCGACUUCCUCACGUCCGUCACCAAUCCCGGGGAGCGGAAGCCGCGCCAGGGAAUGGAAAACAGGAUCCCGCGGACGCCUGAGGACUUCGAGCGAUGCUGGCGCGAGUCUCCGGAGUAUGCGGCACUGGAGAGCGAGAUCGACAGCUACGAGCGACUAACCCUUGUCGAGCACAGGGGCGAGGCGAUUGCUCAGCUUCGACAGCAGAAGAAUUACCGGCAGUCCAAGCAUGUUCCAUCAAAAUCCCCAUAUACCAUCAGCGUGUGGAUGCAAGUCAGGCUCAACACCAAGCGAGCGUACCAACGCAUCUGGAACGACAUCUCUGCCACUCUAACGUCUUGCCUCGUGCAGGUCGUCAUGGCCCUCAUUAUUGGAUCCAUCUUCUUUGGCACUCCAGAUGCCACCGUGGGCUUCUUUGCCAGGGGCUCGGUGCUAUUCAUAGCCGUCCUUCUCAACGCCCUGACCGCCAUCUCCGAGAUUAGCAGCCUGUACGCCCAGCGGCCGAUUGUCGAAAAGCAUGCUUCCUACGCUUUCUACCAUCCCGCCACGGAAUCAGCAGCGGGAAUUGUCGCCGACAUACCGAUCAAGUUUGUGACCUCGGCCAUCUUCAACAUCGUGCUUUACUUCAUGGCGGGACUGCGGCGAGAGCCAUCGCAGUUCUUCAUCUACUUCCUCAUCACGUACAUCUCCACCUUCAUCAUGAGUGCUGUAUUCCGGACCGUGGCGGCAACUACGAAGACCGUUUCGCAAGCGAUGGCCGUGGCAGGCGUGGUGGUGCUGGCCCUCGUCAUCUACACGGGAUUCACCAUCACGGUGCCGCAGAUGCAUCCGUGGUUCAGUUGGAUCCGUUGGAUCAACCCCAUCUACUACGCUUUCGAGAUCUUGGUUGCCAACGAGUUCCACGGGCGCCAAUUCACUUGCUCCUCAAUUAUUCCUCCUUUCACGCCCUUGGUUGGGAACUCUUGGAUUUGCUCCGUUGCAGGUGCCGUCGCCGGCCAACGAACCGUCAGCGGUGAUGCCUUCAUCGCGGCUAACUAUGAGUAUUACUACUCGCACGUGUGGCGCAACUUUGGCAUUCUCAUCGGAUUCCUCAUCGGGUUCAUGGCCGUAUAUUUCGUGGUGACGGAGCUCAACUCUUCCACGGCAAGCACUGCAGAGGCGCUCGUCUUCCAGCGCGGACACAUUCCAGCCUACCUGCAGAACGGAGGCAAGAAGCCUGCCAUGGACGAGGAAGUGGUUGCAGACAACAAGAAGACCAAUGGUGAUUCGGGUGCUGGAGAUGUCGAGGCGAUCGAGGCGCAGAAAGACAUCUUCACGUGGCGGAACGUUGACUACGACAUCACCAUUAAGGACGGGCAUCGGCGGUUGCUGGACAAUGUGUCCGGAUGGGUUAAACCAGGAACUCUGACAGCACUCAUGGGCGUUAGCGGCGCGGGUAAGACGACGCUCCUUGACGUGCUUGCACAGCGGACCACCAUGGGUGUCAUCACUGGCGACAUGCUCGUCAAUGGGAAGCCUCUGGAGCCUAGCUUUCAGCGCAAGACUGGAUAUGUUCAACAGCAAGACUUGCACCUGGAGACAGCUACAGUGCGCGAAAGCCUUCGUUUCAGUGCUAUACUACGCCAACCAAAGACGGUCAGCAAAGCGGAGAAGUACGAGUUUGUCGAAGAAGUCAUCAAAAUGCUGAACAUGGAGGACUUCGCCAACGCCGUCGUUGGCGUGCCCGGCGAGGGCCUGAAUGUGGAACAGCGAAAGCUUCUCACGAUCGGCGUGGAACUGGCAGCCAAGCCCAAGCUCCUCCUCUUCCUCGACGAACCGACUAGUGGCCUCGAUUCUCAAAGCUCCUGGGCCAUCUGCAUCUUCCUCCGCAAACUCGCAAAUGCUGGCCAGGCGAUCCUCUGCACUGUCCACCAGCCCAGCGCCAUCCUCUUCCAGGAGUUUGACCGACUGCUCUUUCUAGCCAAGGGCGGGAAGACGGUCUAUUUCGGACAGAUUGGAAGUAACUCGCAGACCUUGCUCGACUACUUCGAGGCCAAUGGGGCUCGCAGAUGCGGUGACGAAGAGAACCCUGCCGAGUAUAUGCUCGAGGUCGUGAACAACGGCGUCAACGAUGCGGGACAAGACUGGCAUUCCGUCUGGAAGGAUAGCAGCGAGCAUCAGGCAGUUCAGGUCGAGAUUGACAGGAUACAUGCCGAGAAGCAGCAGGAACCGGUGGCCGGAGACGCCGCCAGUUCCGACGCCGAGUUCGCCAUGCCGUUUACGGCUCAGCUGCAGGCCGUCACCUACCGAGUGUUCCAGCAGUACUGGAGAAUGCCCAGCUACGUGUUUGCCAAGUUCGUCCUCGGCAUUGCCGCCGGCCUGUUUAUUGGUUUCACCUUCUUCAACGCCGAUAGCAGCCAAGCCGGGAUGCAGAGUGUCAUCUUCGCUGUCUUUAUGAUCACGGCCAUCUUCUCCACCCUUGUUCAACAGAUCCAACCACUAUUUGUGACGCAGCGGUCGCUUUACGAGGUGCGCGAGCGUCCCAGCAAGGCGUACUCGUGGAAGGCCUUCAUCAUCGCCAACGUCAUCGUCGAGAUCCCGUACCAGGUGAUCACGGGCGUGCUCAUCUACGCCUGCUUCUACUACCCCGUGAUUGGCAUCCAGAGCUCCCAACGCCAGGGCCUGGUCCUCCUCUUCAUCAUCCAGCUGUUCAUCUACGCCAGCGCCUUCGCCCAGAUGACCAUCGCCGCACUCCCAGACGCCCAGACGGCAGCCGCAAUCGUCACUCUGCUCUCCCUGAUGAGCACCAUCUUCUGCGGCGUCCUGCAGUCGCCCGACGCCCUGCCGGGGUUCUGGAUAUUCAUGUACCGCGUCUCGCCCUUCACGUACUGGGUCGGCGGCAUCGUGGCGACGCAGCUGCACGGGCGCCGCGUGGUCUGCUCUGCCAGCGAGACAUCCAUCUUCGAUCCGCCGCCCGGCCAGACAUGCCAACAGUACCUGGCGCCUUUCUUGCGACAGGCCCCGGGGCAGCUGCAGAACCCGAGCGACACGGCGAACUGUCGGUACUGCGUCUUCAGCAACGCAGAUCAGUUCUUGGCGGGCUCGAAUAUCUUCUGGAGUGAGCGUUGGCGGAACUACGGCAUCAUGUGGGCUUACGUUGUUUUCAACAUCUUCAUGGCUACCUUGUUGUACUACCUGUUCCGCGUCAGAUCAUGGCGUGUCAAGUGGCCAUCCAUAGGCAGAAAAGGGAAGAAGAAGGGGGGAGAAAAGGAGACACCCGAUGAGGCGAUGAACGGGAGCUCGAAACACAACUGA